GCGUCUGUGCAACUUAUAUGUUUUUUAUUAUUUUACACAAGGUGUGCUACAUUUCAAUAUGCAUUCAACUCUGUGUUUAAUUUUACCAGCAAAAGAAUUAUGUGUUUUGCAGAUUUGGUAAAAUGCCCAACUAAUAAACAUACAUUUUGUAUUACGUAAAAUGUAUAUAAAAGGUAUUAUAGGGAAUGUAUACAAACUUAGUAAAUCGAUCGUACAAAUGCAUUCAUGCAAAUAGCCUGCUGUAUAACAGUGUACAUUUUAAGUUAACAGUUAAGUGCAAAUGCUGCGGGAUUUUCUGGUCCAGGUUUACAGAUUAUAAUAUAAUAUACAACACAUAGUCGUUUAACAUGAUACAAGAGUUCUUGUUGUCAGGAUCUAUCUGGACAACAUGUUUUGUUUCAAUAGUUACUGGUCUUGUUGCGUAUUGGAUGAUACAAAAAUGGAAAUAUAGAUAUCCACCUGGACCUCCUGCAUUGCCGCUCAUUGGAAAUAUGUUGCAAAUUGACAAAAAGAUAUUGCAUGAACAAGCGUUUGAGUGGUCAAAGAAAUAUGGGCCACUCGUUACAGUUAGAUUAGGAACCUUUCAGUCCACCUGGCCAUCUAGUUCGUUCUAG